GGCGCUGUCCGCAAAGAACCAAUGGGCGGGGCUGCAAGAGCUGCCCGGCCCUGCGCCUGCUUCACUUAGGUACUGCGCAUGUGCACGGCGAACCCGACCGGCGCCCUCACCCUUCGCGCAGGCGCACUGCGCUUCCACCGCCCCGCCGUCGCCAUGGCCGCGCCGGCCCCCGGCCUCAUCUCGGUCUUCUCGAGCCCGCAGGAGCUGGGCGCGUCGCUGGCGCAGCUGGUGGUGCAGCGGGCUGCGUGCUGCCUGGAAGGGGCCCGCGCCCGCUUCGCGCUUGGCCUGUCGGGCGGUAGCCUCGUCUCCAUGCUGUCCCGCGACCUGCCCGCUGCCGCCGCCCCCGCCGGAUCCACCAACCUCGCGCGCUGGACGCUGGGCUUCUGCGACGAGCGCCUCGUGCCUUUCGAGCACCCCGAGAGCACAUACGGCCUCUACCGGACGCACCUGCUCCCCAGGCUGCCGGUCCCCGCCGACCAGGUGCUCACCAUUGACCCCGAGCUGCCCGUGGAGGCGGCGGCCGAGGACUACGCCGCCAAGCUGAGGCAGGCCUUCCAAGGAGACACCAUCCCAGUGUUCGACCUGCUCAUCCUGGGCGUGGGUCCCGAUGGCCACACCUGCUCGCUGUUCCCAGGUCACCCCCUCCUGGAGGAGCAAGAGAAGAUCGUGGCCCCCAUCAGUGACUCUCCAAAGCCACCACCACAGCGUGUCACCCUGACGCUUCCCGUGCUGAAUGCAGCCCGAACCGUCGUAUUUGUGGCCACUGGAGAAGGCAAGGCAGCUGUCCUGAAGCGCAUCCUGGAGGAGCGGGACGGAGCCCCGCUGCCCGCCGCGCGCGUGCGGCCGCACACCGGGAAGCUCUGCUGGUUCCUGGACGAGGCGGCCGCGCGCCUCCUCACCGUGCCCUUCGAGAAGCACUCCACCUUGUAGCCUGGGGCGGCCACCCGCAGUCCCCGGGGGACUCGACCACAGGCCAGGCGCUGGGCCACCUGGAUAUUAAAGGCGUGUGGCUGGAAGUCUUCCCGACUCCUCAUCC